GGGCCCAGCCUGGAUGCCCUCAAUGCAUGGUGUGCUGGUGGGGGAUCACAGUCAGAGAAUGGGUGAUGAGGCCUGGAAAUCAGUGCCUGCGGUAAGGGUGGGCCUCAGCGUGCAGGGAACUAGGGGGUGUGUGAUGUACCAAGCUGGCACAGUGCUGCUGUGUGCCGCCUUGCGAGGCAAGUGAGGACAGAGGCAGCUGCAGCCCCAGCUAUGCAGGGCUCGCUGCGGUGCAGCAGCCGAGUUCCCGCACACCCUGGGAGAGCAGCGGUGCGGGUGCGUGCCCUGGCCGUGUCUGCCCGGCACCCUGGGGCAGAGCAAUAAACCUGGGGACACGGAACAGGAGGAGCUCCCCGCUGUCGCUGCCUCUCCUGCUGCAGCGGGCCCUGAACCCAGCAGGGCACUUGUGCCAGGACAUUUCGUAGCAGGCGCAAGCGCAGAAUAAACUCCUAAGGCGUUUCGGUCCCCAUCAGCAUCUUGGCCGUGACACCCCUUACGGCAACCGCGGACGUUCUAGAGGGACACGGCAGCUCGGUUCGCUGUCCUCGUGAGCAGACAAGGGAACACCAGUGUGUUCCCAGCGGGUCUGGGGGGGCGGAUGGCGGCUCCCGGAGCGCAAGGAGCCGCCCGUCCCGGCGUGCCCCGGCCCCGCACGCCGCGGAAGAGAGCAGCAUGCCGGGAGCCGUAGUCUGCCCUCGGCUCCGGCCCGGCGCCGCGCGCAAUCCCGUGCCUCUGCAUCCUCCGGCCGCCUACUCCUCCUGCCCUCGGAUGGAGGGCUCUGAGGAGCUGGAAAGCAGCCUCCUGACUCAGCCCUGGGCUUCUGUUCGCUUUGACGAGUCCACUUUUCUUGCCAAAGUGUGCUUCAUGGACACUGGCUAUAUUCUGCUCAUCUCUGACCUCAGCAGUGUCUGGUACGAGAGUGCAGAUGCCGAAGCUGUGGGACAAAGGUCCAAGGAGCUGAACAAGCGGCUGACAGUUCACGUGUCCUCCUUCCUGAACCACUUGUGCAACCUGAUGUGCCCCUUGCUGGCAGGGCGGCCGAGUGCCACCACCUCCUUCUCCUGCCACCACUCUCCCAGUGGCCUCAGGCUGCACGUCAAAAGCGAGCUGUCAGGACUGCCGUUCUACUGGGACUUCCACUGCUGCCCUGCUCCCUUGGAGAUGGUGUUCCGUCACCUCGUGCGGCCCCUGAUUCAGAUGAACCUGGUGCUGCAGUGCCAGGUGCAAGAGCUGAUUUCCCUGCUGCUCCAGAAGGAUGCUGAGAUUGAAGAUUACAGGGAGAGCGGGGCCGCUCUCAGCAGAGACCGCCUGCGGACAAAACCCUUCCAGGAGGAGACGUUUCAGCAGAACUUCAUGGCUGAGACCCUGCCCCGGAUCUGCGGUGCAGGAGAAGGGCAGGCGUUUGCCUCUGCUCUGCAGCAGCUCUACACUGCAGUGACACAGCAGGAGGCCAAGAAGGCUCGGAAACGGCAUUGCUCUGAGGACAGUGUGGAUACAGCACCCAUUGCAGAAACCACAGAGCACCCCCAUCCACCUGCUCCAUCCCAGGAAGAUGAAACGACAUCUUCCAGCGAGAGAACCUCGCCUCCUCCCCAUCUCAGAAGCCCCAGCUGCCUGCAUCCAAGGCCAAGCCAAAGAAGGCAAAAGGGCUCUUCAGCUGAAAGAUUGCUGAGGGCUCUGCUUCCCCCAGCAUCCAAGAGAUGGAGUGCGGAGCACCCAUGCAUCGUCUGCCUCUACUCUGCAUCUCCUGGUGGACCCUACCCAGGUCACGGUCCCCUCCCAAGAUGUCUUCAGUUGGGGAGAUGGAACUCCUUUCUUCAACAGUGUUUCAGGAAACAGCUUUUCUAACUCUCCCCUGGUCCAGAGCUUGCCCAGGCUUCAUCUCGUGGCAGAGCCAGUGCAAGACAUGGGAGAAGUGGGAGGGAUGCUGCCAGUGGGUGUUGGACAGCUGGGGCUCUGGCAGAGCUGUGGGGUUUGGCUGCUCUUGAGUGGGUUUUCAAUAAAGGGCUGUGUCUGGCUGAGA